AUGCGCUUCCUUUUUGCAGCGGCGUUGCUGAGCAUCACUUUUGCUGCCACAGUGGAAGAAUGCCUAACUCAAGUACAAGCAGGAAUGUUUGAAACCCCUUGCCUGAUGCUUUUAUUUACUCAUCCCUUUAAGAGCGAGUAAAAUCAUUAGAAAAUUCCUUAUUUUUUAGAAAAAUUAAUCCUUUAAGAGUAGCAAAAAAUAUUUUUGUCUAUCUAAAUAAUAAUAUAACAAUGAAAUCUCCAGGAAUUCUAUUAAUUUAGAUAUCUUUCAUCCUUAAGAAAACAUUUUAAAAAUUGAAAUAGUUUUUUUUUUUUGUAAAUUAGGAUAUUUUAAAUCUAAAAAAAUUAAUCCCUUUUAAGGGAAGCUAGCAAACUCCUUGGCUACGGAAUGGUGUCAGCCUCUCUUAUGCUAAAAUUCCCUCAGAUCUUAAAAAUCGUCCGCGCAAAAAGCAUAGCAGGUCUUUCCUUGACUUCUUUUUACGUAGAAACCCUCGGGUUUUCCCUUAUCGCAGCUUACAAUAUUCACAAUAAGCAGCCGUUCAGCACUUAUGGCGAAAAUGUGACCCUCACAGCCCAAUGCUGCUUGCAAGUCUUAUGUUACUGGUACUUUGGUAAUAUUAACACCAAGCACAAGAUUUCUGUGCUAUUUUUCUUUGUGUUUGCUUGGAUACUUCCUUUAUUCAGUGAAAUUUUACCACAGAGCUUGUGGAUUAUUGCUCCAAAUAUUAACUUAUGUAUGAACUUUAUCGUGAAAGGAUCACAAAUACUGACUAACUGAAGGAACGGGUCGACUGGGCAGCUUUCUUUUAUUACAAACUUUAUGAACUUUGGAGGAACUUCAGCUAGAAUUUUCACGACUUUUACAGAACUGAAAGACCCAUUCUUGUUGUUCAAUUAUAGCUUUGGGACUUUUCUAAAUGCUGUUAUUGUGUUUCAGCUGGUUUAUUACUGGAAUGUUUCUAUUGAAGAGAAGAAAGAGAAAAAGGCUGACUAA